UUCAAAAUGUUUUAACAUGAUCUUCCUAACAAAGACAUUUUAUUAUUGUUUAUGAUUAACGCGUUCAAAAUUUGAGAAUUCCCUUUGUAUUCUACAUUCACUUGUGCUGUACCUAUCACUUGUAUCAUCUUGCCAUUGUAACCUGAUAACUUUAUGAUGGACUUCAUAAUAUUUUUAAUGCCUAUUUUCUCAAUCAUGUAUUCUUGUAGAAUUAAAUCUCAUGCCAGUAUCUACUUGUAUUGAUUUGAGACGUUGUUGAUUUUGAUGUUUAUUAUGUAUGCAACAUCUUUAUAAUUUUGAACCUCGUUUUCUAUGUUAUUUAUGUCAAUAUUUAAUAAAUUGUAAUCUGUCGUGAUAUAAUUUUUCUGUCCUCGACCUCUUCUAUAUUAAUUGUAUUGAUCUUAUUUAAAUAAGGCGCUUGGUGUCUAGGAUUAUGAGCCAUGCAGACCUCCGUUAUUGAAGAUUCACAAAUUGUAUUAUUUCCUCAUCCAAUCCCCAGUUCUAGUGAGGCUACUUUACAUGAUGAGCAAAUCUCCAUUAUUGAAGAUUCACAAAUUGUAUUAUCUCUUCAUCCAAUCCCCAGUUCCAGUGAAGGGCUUACUUUGCAUGAUGAGCAAAUCUCCGUUAUUGAAGAUUCACAAAUUGUAUUAUCUCUUCAUCCAAUCCUCAGUUCCAGUGAGGCACUUACUUUUCAUGAGGGAAUAAAUAAUGAGGAUAUUCAAAGUCCAAGUCUUAUUCAGCUAUAUAAAAAGAAGGAACCAAAUGACCCAUUUCACUUCAUAUUAUUUAGUAUGACAAAUAUUUUGAUUAAUUUCAUAAUUGCUGUAGGCCCAUGUCAACCAUGUACAAAUAAAUUUCAAUAUCCUGUUACUCACAAGAGGAGCAUGAAUAUAACCUAUUAUAGAAAGGUUAAAAGAUGAUUCCCUCAACCCCAGAAAUUGGCUAUCUUAUAGCACCACUUUAGACAAAGUCCUUUGUCUAUAUUUUAUUAUGUUUGGUGGCCCUAAGUCCAAUACUUUUUGGACUCAACUUGGAGUAAAUGACUAGAAAAACAUAAACGUGACUUAGAGAGACACGAAUCAUCUUCUAUUCAUAAGGAUUGUGAAUAUGCAAACAUGACUUGGCUUGCAAAUAAGCGCAUUCAAGAUCAUUUGCUAUCAAAUAAGCUUGAUAUAAUCAUGGAAAAUCGUAAUAUAGUUCAUAAUAUUAUCGAUGCCAUUAUGUACCUUAUAAAAUGUAAUAUAGCCUUUUGGGGUUCUAAUUCGAAUGAAGGAAAUUUUAUGUGCCUCAUAAAAUUAAUGGCAAAAACUGUUUCAACUUUACGUGCAUACAUGGAUAACAACAAAAAAUUGCGGAGAAAAAAAUCAGAUAAAAUUUCGAGACCUUAUAUAAAUUUGCUGCCAUAUGGCCACGUGAAAAAAAUAACUGAAAUUAUUAAAAUAAAAAUAACAAAAAGCAUUAUUCAAAAAAUUAAAGAGAAUCGUGCCUAUAGCAUCAUAUUAGAUGGAACAUAUAGCAUCAUAUUAGAUGGAACAUAUGAUGUGUCUAAAAAGAAUGCAUAGCUUUGCUUGUACGGUAUAUAGAAGAUGAUCUGCAUCCACAUCCUGUAGAAAGGAUCAUACAUGUUUUUUACAACAUCAGAAACCCUAGGAAAAAUAUAAAUUAACAUGUUUUUUCUAAGUUUAAUGAUCUUGGUCUUCCUCUUGAUUAUUUGGUUGGACAAAGUAUGGAUGGUUCAGGGGAUAUGAGAGGAGUAUACAAAGGAAUACAGGCUUUAAUAUUGAAAGAGGCUCCAAAAGCCAUCUAUAUUUGGUGCCAUGCACAUAGGCUAAAUUUAGUGGUUGCUCAUGUUUGUGGAUGCAAAAUUGAAAUGAAAAAGGCAAUGAGAAUAUUAGAUGAGUUAUAUAAUUAUAUGAAUGGAGUUAGACGUUAAGGUGUGUUUGUUAAAUAUCAAAUGAGAAAGUCCAAGAAAUUUCUUAAAAGAAUUAAAAACACAAUAAGAAGUUGGUGAUCAGCUUACAAAUCUGUAAAAAUAUUUUUAGAUGUUUAUGAACAUAUUUUAGCAUCAUUAGUUGAAUUAAAAGAUUCGAAUGAUCCUAGCACCUCUUCCAUUGCCGAUGGAAUUAUCUAGAAUUAAGGAUGAAAAUUUUAUAUUAAGUCUAUUUAUUUUGAAAGAAAUAUUGAAAUGUACACAUGAGGCUUGUAUUGAAAUGCAGGCAGUUGGUAAUGAUUUUGGCUAUGGUAACCAAAUUAAUACAACAUACAAAAAAUGAAUUACAAAAAC